UUACCGGAAGUUACCGAGUCUGUUGUCACCUGGGCAGGCCCCUUAGGUGAGAGCAGUCGGUUACUACAGCUAGAGACGUCCAUACAGUGAGUUAAAAGUUGGAAAAUAUAGGAAGUUAGGUGUUCAUUCGACGCGAGGAAGAUUUCUGUGCAUUUUCUGCUGGUUUUCACAGGAGUAUUGUUGGACAGGGACCGUGUCGUGGAACAAACAAGGACCAAACAUGCUUGUCAGCGGGUUGGUUUCGGCGGCUUUGUUCUUUCACGCAGUGACAGGUAUAAGUGGCUUUUCGGUCACUACCAGCACUCCAAAUGUGCGUGUGAGAGAGAAUGAAGGUACUGACCUGAGAUGCAGUUAUUCAGCGGACUUUGGUCGAGAUGCCAGAGUGGAGUGGAAAUUUAAGAACUUAAAAGGCUCACAGACAUAUGUGAUUUUUGAUGGUAAACCAACAACACCAUAUUCCAGCAGAGUGACAAUGUACGAGAGCAAUCUGAGAAUCUCCAAAAUGACCGCGAACGAUAAUGGAGUGUACGACUGUGAGGUGUCUGGCAACAGCCAGUUUGGUGAAGUCAGGGUGACGGUGACUGUUCUGGUUCCUCCAUCUGCGCCCGUGUGUAGGAUCCCCUCCUCAGUGACGACAGACAGGCCAGCCACUCUGUCCUGCCAUGACAGCGUUGGCUCACCUCCUCCCAAAUACAAGUGGUACAGAAAUGGCACCCCUCUGCCCAUUGAUCCUCACAAGAUGUCUGGCUUCCAAAAUGCUACCUACAGCCUAAACCCAGAUAACGGCGACCUGAAAUUUCCCAAGACAACCAAGAUGGACAUGGGUGAUUACUUCUGUGAGGCUUUCAACGAUGCUGGUCCUCCUCAGCGCUGUAAAGCUGUGAAAAUGGAAGUCCGUGACGUAAACGCUGGAGGAAUUGUUGCUGGGGUAAUAGUGGUUCUGCUGCUACUGGUCCUACUGGGAUUUGGCAUUUGGUAUGCCAACAAGAAAGGAUACCUGCCAAAGAAGAGUGAAAGCAAACCAAAGUCCAACGUGGUCUACCAGCCCCCAUCAGACUAUGGUGGUGAAGAUGAUGAUGGGGAUUUCAAACAGAAGUCAUCCUUCGUGGUAUAGUCUGCAAGCAGAAGUCACUACAGGAGAGCACCUUGGGUUUUAAAUUGAUCUCAGCAUGUUUCUUUUUUUUCUCAAGGUUUUCUAUUGACUGGAUUUGUAUUUAAUAAUUUACUGCAGAUAGGUAAUGAGCCGUCUUUCAUACUUUUAUAGGUUUUUUUAAUAGAUUGAGCUGUGACCACUACUGACCCAUUUUAGCCUCAGAUGUUUCUCCACCUUUGUUUGGAGUGUGUGUUUCUGAUUUUGUCUUCCUCCUAAUAAGAAAACUUUGUUUUUUUGUUCCAAAUAUAUAAACACAAGUCAAAUGGAGAAUGGAUAAUGCCAGUACCACAAGUAGGAAAAAAUCUGUGUAUUUGAAUGUAUUCAGUUAUUUUCUUUGCAAAGGAAAUGAAGAUGAGUGCAAUAGACACCUUUUUCUCAGCAAAUGCAGUUUUGAUAGAGAAUUUUAAAAACUCUCACAAUCAGGUUUUUAUUACAUUUAUUGACUCUGUAGCAUAAUUUCUUUCAGUAGAACUCCCUCAUCUCUGAGUCUGUGUACCUAUCUUUUUCUUUUCUUUUUUCUUUUUUUUACACAAACUGUUGUAAUGUAAAAUAUUCUGCUUCUGUUAAGGUUUAUUAAGGUUUUAUUUCUUGUAAAUAUAAUGUAAUAAUUUUACAUCUGUAAUUUAGAACAAUUUAAAAAUCAGGAAAAGUUAUCACCAAGCUUCCUGACACAAACUAGAAACUAUUAACUUGGCUUUAUCUGUGGCUGUGGUGGAGACUGUUUGUAUGACAUUAACAUUUUAAGUACAGUUGAACUAAUACUACAUUUGCCUCCUUUGUGUUGUCUGAUAAAUACGUUUCUAAACCUAAGAACUACAUUGACUGAGCUCAUGCAUUGAUCUUUAAAAGUGUGUAGGCUGACAGUACAGUGAUGAAGCAAACAAGUUGAAGCAAACAAUUAACGAUGAUGUGUUAAACAAGUUUUUAAAUGAUUACCAGCAUGUUUGUAAGCCUUGCCUGUAGUCUUAUCAUUAUCAUUAACUACUCAAACGGUUUUGACAUGAUGCUCCUAUUACUAGUUCUGUUGUAUACCCCCAACACUAAAAUGACACUCAAUGAUUUUGUA